AUGAUUAAUGAGGAUGAGAAUAAAUUCUCAAUGGUGUUUCCUUAUUCAAUUAAUGAACACUAAUUAUCUUCACCAAAGAAGGUAAAGUUCAUUGAUGAGACAAUCAAGACUAACGGUAAUCAUCAUCUCGAUAAUGAUAAUAACAAUAUAAUGAUGAUGAUGAUGAUGAUGAUGAUUUCAGCCUUGACUUUUGUAAUAAAAAAAAUUGUUAGAUGAUAAUAAAUAUUAGAGGGAGGGAGAGAUAAUUUAAUCUGAUCAGUCGAUGAUAAUUACAAUAAUUAACUAGCAUAAGUGUUGAUUGUGUGUGCCUUUGGUGUGUGUAUGUGUGUAAAGAUUUGAUUGUUACUUUAACUAUUGAGUUUGAUCAUCAUUUGUUUUUAUUAUACACUUGAAACGAGAUAAUUUCAUGUGAUUAACUAACAGUUAAUCUGUAUUAUUUGUAUUAAUUGAUUUUCUUACUCUUAAUCAUCUUAAUCAUCUUUCUGGAUUCACCAUAAUCAUCAUCAUCCUCAUCACAAUCUCAACGUUUAAUUAUUAUUUUUUUCAUCUAUUCCAAUCAAUGUUAUUUACUUGAUUGUUUGUAAAAAAAAUUAUAUCUGAUUGUGUGUUCAUAGUUAAUUAACAUUGAUCUAAUAAUUAUACAAUCUAAUAUACAGAAGGAGCAAGAAAAGGUAACAAUUAACGUUGCAAAAUAUUAACUAAUCAUCACUAUUAACUAAUUGUGUGCUGUGAUAUAUUAAUACAUAAUAAUUGAAAAUAUUUUUCAACUGCGAGGUGAAAAAAAAAGCCAAUUAAAAAUCAAUUUACUAAAUUGUUACUCUUGUUAAUUAAAUUGUGUAUAAAUCAUCAUUUCCAAUGUGCAUGUAGAUGAUUAUUGUGAUCUAAUUGUUGACGUUAAAAUUGAUCAACCAAUUUGAUUAUUACGAUUGAUUGUUCAAUUUUGUUUUCACUGUUCGGGAUCAGAUUGUUUUGUAACAAUUUUCAACAAUUAACUGAUUGUGAUAAUGAGCAUGGCCAAAUGUAAAAACACAAUUCUUUCCCGUAGUUUAAAUGAUAAUCAUCAUCAAACGAAAAGGUCACCGGCAAUUGAUCAUCACGGGCACCAUGGGCAUUCCCACUCGCACCAUACCAGCGGUGGGACGACUCACCAUGGUCACCAUGGGUCAUCUUCAUCAUCUUCUCAUGGUCAUCAUCAUGGUCACCAUCAUGGUCAUCACAAUUCAUCGUCAUCAUCAACUUCGGGGUCAACGGUUGCUGCUGUUGCUCAUGCACAUCAACACAACAACCACACACACCACACGACGACACACCAUCAGCAACCACCUCAGAUUGCUCAUCAUCACAGUUUCCACUCUUCAAACUCUCAUCAUCAUCAUCAUCCCUCCCAUCAUGGUAAUUUCAACCCGCCGACCUCUGACUCGCUGCCCACCAGUUUAUAUGCUAAACAUGUUAUGAGUUCAACAAGUUCAACAAUUAACGCAAAUAGUAAUUUGGUUUCCGGUAAUGAUCAUCACCAUUCACCUCAUCAUCACUCAUCUCAUCAUAAUUCACACCAUGGCGGUGGCGGUGGAGGGUCGCAUCAUAAUUCCCACCAUAGUCCUAAUCACCAUAGUUCACCUCAUCAUCAUUCUCAUCACAAUUUUCACCAUUUACACAACAAUUAUUUAAUUUAUGGAGAUUCAUCAACUCCUGAUAGAGAUUUGCUCUCAUCAUCUUCCUCUUCUGGUGCCAAUGGGAAUCAUUUAUCAAUAUCAUCGAGAAACUUAUCUCAUGGUGGUGGAAAUGGCGCCGCUCAUGAAUCUUCACUUUCUCCAAACAUUGGAUCCAUUCCGACGACGGCAUUAGAGUUAUCGACUCACGCUUAUCACGGUGAGGAUCAUGCAACAGCUUCGCCGCCCUCGUUGAUUACAAGACGAAGUCAUUGGAGUGAAGUUACUGGAGUCAAUGAAAGCGCCGUUGGGGGUGGGAAAGGGCUCAGCAUGGAGGGAACGACAAGUGGAACUGGAGGCGAGGGAGCGACUGAUGGAGAUGCGGAUGCAAGUGAUUCAGGUUCAGCUAAUUUAAACCCUUCGACACCUCAAUCUAUUUACGAUAGUUCCAUGUCAUCGGCUAUCGACAACUCAAGUUCCUCCAUGUUAACGAGCAACUUGAAGAAAGCUAAACGUCAACCGCAGCCGAUUCCCGAUAAUUGUAAAGACGACGCUUAUUGGGAGCGACGAAGACGAAACAACGAAUCGGCUAAGAGAUCGAGAGAGUCGAGGCGACUCAAAGAACAUCAAACUCACAUGAAGGUCAAAUUGCUCGAACACGAAAACAUGAGACUCUUGGCAAAGGUCAGCAUUUUGGAGAAUGAGGUCGAAAAAUUGAGGAAAAUGGUUUAUGAUCGAGGGAAAGAGGACAAAGUUCGAAUGGAGUUAUAAUCGCGAGUGAUGAUGGACGAGAUUCGAAUGAGAAAACAAGUCCAAGUGACCAUAAGAUGUUACAUUGAUUAAAAAAAGGAGAAAAUACAAAACAAUAAUAUAUGUAUAGAAUCAAUUUAUAAUAAAGGUUUUUCAACUUUAUUUUCAUGUAAA